UUCUCACCAUCGUGAUCUCGCGAAUGUGAGAGCGUAGAGGGCAGAAAAUGAAGAUUCUUUCAUGCUUCAGGAGAUUGCUAUGACCCCAUCUUGAGGUUUUCGAUGGGUAUAUAAGAUCGCUUGGUCGCAUCCCCCUUAACCCCCAACUUCCUUGUCUUCUCACAGGCUCUUUCAAGUCUUGCAACUACCGAACCACCAAGCACUUCUUCAUCGCCAACGAACCUCACUCCUCCACUGCCUCCAUCUUCCUCUAGCCACCAUGAAAAGCGUCAAGAGCUUAACCCUUCUGGUCACUACCGCCCUGGUACUCAUCAGCGGUGCUACGUCUGCUGUCGCUGCACCUGGUGGCAAACAUGGCCAUGGCAAGCAGCACAGGGGGGUGCAUUUCGAUCAUGGAAAGCACGACGGAAAGUACGACCACGGCAAAGGGCAUGGUUAUGGCCACUGGAAGCGUGAGCCCCUGGCCAACGUCGGUAUGAUACAAGGGAGCAAGCCCGUCGAGUUCUUCAAGCGCACACCUGCGCCCGCUCCUCAGAAUGACUUCAACUCUGGCCGUUACAGGGGUGGCCGCAAUGACCGCAACGGACGUGAGCGUGAGCAUCGCGGCAGAUAUGGGCACCGCGGAAGGUACAGGGACGAAUGCGACAGGCGCUACAGAUACGAUUACGAAAGGCGCGGCUGCUAUGAUCGGUACAUGGAGAGGCGCUCGCCUGUCCCCGCUCCUGCUCCUGUGCCUCAGAACAAUGCCGCUGAAUCGGACUUGAACCAGCAACUCGAAGGCCAGGGCGGCAACCAGGACCAGGAGCGCCAGGACGAGGAACGUCAGCCGCCAGGACGAGGAACGUCAGCGCCAAGGUGAGGGUCAGAGAAUGGGCACGGCCAUGAACAAGCGCGCCCCCACACCUGCUCCUCAGGAUGUCGCCGAGUCGGACUCAGA